AUGAUAAAUGGUAUUACUUACAAGUGUGGAGAUGGUGCGCAUCUCAACAUCUCAAACGAGUGUGUCGGCUGUGUUUCUGUCUCGGUUUGCCAAUUAUCAAAGACCAAAAUAAUACCAUUACAGUGUCAAACCAAUUAUAUAUUUGACACGACUCCAAACCAAUGUGUUACAGAUGAUAAUUGCCAUACAGUAAAAUAUGGGUUUUGCACCAAAUACAAAUCUGAUUUAAAUUACAUAUCACAGGAAGGUGCUCAAAGUGUCAAACCACCAACUGUGUGUUUGGACGGCUUUGUGAAAUACACUGACACUUGGUGUGUAUCAAAGAGUGUUAUAUCAACAUGCAAAACAUUUAGUUUGGGUGGAUGUGUUGUAUGCAGUGAGGGGUAUUACCAGACAGACGCAAAGAACAUAGAAAACAAGUAUGAUUACUGUGUUCCAAUAGAAUCCACAACAGUCACAAAUUGCAAGAGAUACAGCGCACAGAACACCAAAUGUGUAGAGUGUCUUGAUGCAUUCAAAUUGAAAAGUGGAAUUUGUGCUGAGACAUUCGAUGAAAACGACAAACUCAAAACAGACACGAAAACAGCAACAGAGACUUCUUGUCAAAUAAGAAACAACAAAGGAUGCCAACACUGCGCUGAUGGGUAUUACAACAUCAACAAUGAGUGUAUUCAAUGUGAAAACGACUGUUUAAAGAGUUGUCACAUUGCACUGCCUGGUGGAGGUGGAUGUGCAAUCUGUAACAGUGGGUAUUAUCGGGAGGGCAUUAGUUGUACAUCAUGUGAAGAGUCGUGUGCACUUUGUGUGAACAGUUACGAGUGUCUUGCAUGCAAAGACGGCUAUUUCAACAUCCCAGUGAAGGCA